AUGGUCUCAGCCCUCGCCCACCCUGGUCUUAGCGAGUCGAGUACUCUGACGCACAUGGUCCUAUCGCCGACGACCGCUCGCCCGGGUACUUCCGACAAGCCUGGACGGUUGACCAAGCAGAAUACUCUACUACUACUAUAUAAUAUCGAGGUUUGUGCCCCUUCGAGAGACGGCGUCCCUCUGCAGAUAACCUUCCACUGA